AUGGCUGCUGCUUCAUCUCCUUUCAUUUCCCUCAUCUUCCUCCUCUUCCUCGCUGUUGCUGCGGAGUUAAAACCGUCACCUCAACGAGACAACAAACAGGUUUUACACUCUCUGUUUGGCUCUCGUCUUUCAACUCUCAUCUUGGCCACUCCCACUUUUGAUGACAUCACAGAGGGAUCAGCUGGACAGCUCACCUCCACAACUCCUUCUGCAGUACUGCCUGUGAGCCACACCCUUGCAAAGCGAGUGAACAGCAGAACUGAAGCAGUCCCUCAGUUCUUUCUCAACUUCCUGCGGCAACAGACCAAGAUGAGGAGGUGGAGCCGCAAGUCGAUGAUGGGAGGGAGAGGAUGCUUUGGGAUGAAGAUGGACCGUAUUGGGUCCAUGAGUGGUCUGGGCUGUUAG